UUUUUAACUUUGAUUUCACUUUAUACAUACAUGAAACCCUAGAAAUGUUCGUCCAUUAUUGGAGCUCACAAUAAUUGUAUUUUCUUCCAAUUGACAGGUUUUUCAGAUCCUUCAUAUAGUGGAUUCUACACACUCUAUGCUUCAACCGAUCUGAGUUUGAUUCGACUCAAAAGAGAAGAAUGAUUCUGUACCGUUCUUUUACUGCUUGGAUCAGUCACUUUCUCGCUUGCAUAGGAGCAGAGGUUGUCUUGGAAGCUGCACCAGACCCUCACCAAUUAUUGCUGUGGAUGAGCCCUCACAGGGACUGCGAAUUCAAGGGCAGAUGGUGAAGAAACCAAGCGUAUCAGAAGAUUUCUGGAGCACCAGUACAUGUGAUAUGGACAACAGUGCAUUUCAAUCUCAGAGGAGCAUCUCAUCUAUAGGCAUAUCAAACCAGAGCCUCAGUAACUCCAGUGGCACUGGCAGUACUAGCAACCAUUCUGAAUUUAUUAAUCAUGGCCUCCUUCUCUGGAAUCAGAUGAGGCUUCAGUGGAUUGAAAAUAAUAGGUCUGAGAACCAGGAACAAGUUCGUGAACCCAGAUUAAGCUGCAACGCGUCUUAUGAGAACUUGCUUGGGACUAACAAGCGUUUCUUCAGGCCAAUCCCUCUCUCUGAAAUGGUAGAUUUUCUAGUGGACAUAUGGGAGCAGGAGGGUUUGUAUGAUUGAGUAGGGUGUUGUAUCAAUUUUUUUUUUUUUUUUUUUUGUACAUAUGGAAUCCUUUCCGUCGUGAGUUCUAACUUUAAGGGCUUGUUGUAUCUGGGUGAAAGAGCAAAAAAGUCCAGGUUCUGUGUUAAUUGCAUUUUCACAUGCUUUUAUCCAUCCAAUACUUCUUCUGUUUUUCCUUCUUCUCUCAACUGUAAAUGCCUAUCGAGAUGACGAUUAUUUAAGGAUGGGCUGAUUUUUAA